UUUAAUGCCACACGUGGCAUAGGCCAGUGAACUCUGCACGUCCGAAGUUAUAUAAAAAAAAGUAAGUUAAUAAACUCACUUGAAUAGAUUAUAUGAACUUUAUGAUAACAUGUUUUCAUUUUCUCUUUAAAUUAUAUAUAUUUUUCCUUUAAAACGUGGACCGCUAAAACCUACAAAACGAAGAAACUCGAAAUAUUCCCCGCCACCACAUUUUUGAAUCUGCGCGUUCAUGUAUCCACGCUCCCGUUAGACAUAGAGCCACGUGAUACAGUUUACACCAAUCAGAUUCAGGAACUCAAGACCUGAAGCGCGCGCCCGACAGCAGUAAAAGAUUGGGAGAGGUGGACGAGAGCUAGCUUUAAUAAAUUCGCUAUUUUUGUAUAUCUACACAUUGUAGGCCCACAUCAUGUCCGAAGAGAAGCCAAAGGAAGGCGUGAAGACCGAGAACGACCACAUCAACCUGAAGGUGGCGGGUCAAGAUGGCUCCGUGGUCCAGUUCAAGAUUAAGCGACACACUCCGCUCAGUAAGCUGAUGAAGGCGUACUGCGAGAGACAGGGUUUGUCGAUUAGACAGAUAAGGUUUCGGUUUGACGGACAGCCAAUCAAUGAGACGGACACACCUGCACAGCUGGAAAUGGAGGACGAAGACACAAUUGAUGUAUUUCAACAGCAGACUGGAGGCGCCUGCUAAGUGUGUAAAAUUCCUCAUAUGUGAGGACUGGAGAACACCGGCUUAACCCUACCAUUUUAUGCUUUUCUUUCAAGUGAUACUUCAGUUUUGUUUUCUUUUUUUUUUUUUUUAUGUAACCCCUACCUGUCCUUGUCUGUCAUGGCAGGGGUAGGAUUUAUGUAAAUUGUGUGAGGGAAGACAGUAUUUUUAGAGUGUGACCAUGACAUGAUGAGUUUUUUUUUUUUUUUUUUUUUUUUUUUUUUUUUUUUUUUUCCCCAAGUUA